CUCCAUUCCAUUGGUCACGUGACAUCACGAGAGCCGCCUGAAACUGGCGGAAGUAGAGCGAAUUUGCUGUUGUUAGUCCUUUUUAAAAAGUGUCCGAAAUAUCGGGUAGAAGUCAGUACAACGCGCUUUUGGGUGGUUCGUCUUUCUGCACAAUCACCUAAAAUGACGGCGGCGGUGUUUUUUGGUUGUACCUUCAUUGCCUUCGGCCCUGCAAUCGCUCUGUUCCUGUUUACCAUCGCCCGGGAGCCUCUGAGGGUCAUCUUUCUCAUAGCAGGAGCAUUUUUCUGGCUUGUGUCUCUCCUGCUGUCCUCUCUGGUUUGGUUCAUCUCCGUUCAGAUCAGUAAUAAGGACAGUGCGGUUCAGCAGAAAGGCCUUCUCAUCUUUGGCGUGGUGCUAUCUGUGCUCCUGCAAGAGACCUUCCGUUUCGCUUACUACAAGCUGCUGAAGAAAGCAAAUGAAGGGCUCCUCACCCUCAGUCAGGAGGAAACCAUGCCCAUCUCCAUCCGACAACUGGCCUAUGUUUCUGGCCUUGGUUUUGGAUUCAUGAGUGGCGCUUUUUCUGUGGUGAACAUUCUGUCUGACUCUGUUGGCCCAGGAACAAUUGGGAUCCAUGGAGACUCGCAGCACUACUUUUUGUCUUCAGCAUUCAUGACGAUGGCCAUUAUCCUUCUCCAUAUGUUCUGGGGCGUGGUUUUCUUUGACGCCUGUGAGAAGCAGCAGUGGUGGGCAGUUGCUGCCGUUGUCAUCAGCCACCUGGUCGUUUCCUGUCUGACCUUCCAGAACCCGGAGUAUGUUGCCAGCCUGGUUCCCACCUACGUAAUCUUGUUCCUGAUGGGCAUUUGGGCCUUUUACUCUGCUGGUGGGUCCCUGAGGAACCUCAAACUUUGCCUGACCUGCAAAGACAAAGAUUUCCUGCUUGCCAACCACCGGCCCAGAUAACGCAACUCUCCAGGGAGCUCGCAGGAGUCUCCAUUCAAAAAUCACACACACACACUCAUACACAUUCACACACACUGAACACUAUCAGAACAUGCAUGUUUUCGGUUAAUCAGAAUUUUGAAUUUGAACCCAAGAGUGGGGAUGGGUACCUUGCACGUUUGAACUGGUUCGUUUCCGAUUGCCGAUACCUGGGAAUUGAUACCGGUACUCAACAUUACCAAUUUUGGGUACUUUUGUGCUGAUUUAUUUAAAAUGAAAACAAUAAAAUCUAAAAAAAAUAAUUAAUUAUAAACCUGGACAAAGAACAAAACAACACAAUUCAACUCAAACGAACCAGAGAACCUGUUGUAAAAAUAACGGCAUUGCAUUUAUCAAUUAACAGUAAAUAAUACAAAUUAUUAUAAAAUACAAAGUGUGAAGCAAAGUUGGUUGUUUUUUUUUUUGGCAAUGAAAACACAAGGAAGUGAUACAGUCAUACAAAAACUAUGCUGCAUGAUGAGUGAAAAUGCAUCUUGGACUGAAAUAGUGCAAAUAAACACAGUUGGAAGAGAAUGUGAAUGAGAACGAAGAAUAAUCGGGGUAAUAUUUAUCAUUUGAAUUUACCCGACCUGAUGCAUAAUGCUCACCACAUUUUGGCUAAAAUCUUUCAGUAUUUCACCCAUAUGAAAUUAUAAAUGAAAUGUAAAAUGUAGUAUUACUCUGUAUUAAAUAUUGUUCUGAAACACAAUGUCUACAUGUUGGAACGAUGGUAAAGCCAUGCAGCUCCCAGCAUGAUUCAAUUUAGUGAGGGUAGACGAGCCUUUCUGUUGGUGCUGGGCAGAGGCAGGUGAUGCGUCCUCGUUUUCCUUGUCAGCCCCACACCUAUUGUGUGGAUCUGGGGACGGCACAGAAAAGUUUCUCCCCCGAAUGCUCAACCAAAGCUAGAAAGUGUGAGGCUUCACCAGCACUACAAUGUACUUCAUAAACUAUUUGCUUGGGUUGCUGGCAGGCGAGUCCCGCUUGCUUUUGAAACCUUGAAAUGUACUUUUAGUGUGUGAAAUCCUGCAUGAAUGGGUGAAGUCAUUAUGCUGAUGUGUGUGUACUGUGGCAUUCAAGUUGAGCGUCUCUCGCACAUUUAAGACUUCGAAAGACUCACUGUGGAACCGAAACCUGGUAUCGUUUAAUUUCAUGUGUACUACCCAAUUUGGCUCUUGAGUACUGGCCCAAAUUGGUUCAUACGAGGGGAAAAAAUGUACCGGUACCUUCUUUGGGACCCAUCCCUACCCAAGGUUUAAAAAAAAAAUAAUUGUAAGGAUCUGGAAAAGCAACGACUGCUUUGCAGAGGCAAGAUAACAUUUUGAAAGAGGUUGACAUCCAGUUUAGGUAAAGUUCAGUUUGUUUAUGAAAAUUCAUUGAGAUGGAAUGUGGUUUUGCUCACAAAUAUGAAUUCCUACGCUUGAACGGUGUCCAUGAUUUUACUUUGCUGCGAUGUUACAGGAAGUUUCAAUGUUCAAUGUCACUGCUUCAACAUAUUCUAUACCAGUUGUCAAAAUUGCCCAACAUUGAAACCUUUGUGAAGGUUUUUAAUUUAGUAAAGUGAAAAAAAAAUGUGUGUACCCAACGGUCAUCAUUGCUACUGAGUAACUGCUUGACAACCUACAGCAGUGUAAUGUGUAAAAUAGAUUUUCCUUUCUGUUAUUUAUGCCAUGUUAUCUUAAUUGACCGAUUUGACAGCUUGCUCCAAACACUUUGUGGUCACCAAGAACAAAUUGGGCUGUUGAAGCUUAGAAUUUUUAAAUGUUUUCUGUUGCCUUUACUAUAAUGAUUUAGUUACAUUUGUGGGCGGUCAUAGCGUUGACUCACAUUUUAGGACUUCAGGGGUAGUAUAAGGUGUGACUGAGUGCCAAUGGUUGUUUGUUUUUUUUAUCUGCUCUGCGAUUGGCUGGAAACCAGUCCAGACUGCUGGGAUAGGCUCCAGCACGCCCCGCGACCCUCGUGAAGAUUAGUGGAUUAGAAAAUGGAUAGAUGGAUGAUUAUGCAACAUUGCUUUAUUUUCUGCAUCCUAGGUGAGUUCUCCCGCAACAUUCAGUAUCAGAUGUUUAGAUGAGUAUGUCAAGCUUCUUUUUGUUUUGUUAAGUUAAAAAAACAAAUCAACAUAGAAGUCUGGUUUGUUCACAAUUUGUUUUUGAACCAAUAAGCGGUUCACAUCAUAGAUGGAUGAUGCAGGAGAAAAGUGUCUUACUUGUUUGCAUUGCAAUUCUCUCAAAUAAAUUCGUUUGAUUCUGUUUUGAAA